AUGUCUGCCAAAACUGCAAACAGCAAGAAGGCCUCGCCCGCGGUCAACCUGAUCGCGGGUGGUGCUGCUGGUAUGAUGGAGGCUCUUGUGUGCCAUCCUCUGGAUACGAUCAAGGUCCGCAUGCAACUCUCUCGGAGAGCUACGGCCCCUGGAGUCAAGCCCCGUGGUUUCGUGGCCACUGGUGCCGAGAUUGUUCGCAAGGAGACCGCGCUGGGUCUGUACAAGGGUCUGGGUGCCGUGCUCGGAGGUAUCAUUCCCAAGAUGGCCAUCCGAUUCACCUCCUACGAGUCGUACAAGGGUGCUCUCGCCGAUAAAGAGACUGGUCAGGUCACCAGCAAGGCCACUUUCCUCGCUGGUCUCGCCGCCGGUGUGACCGAAGCCGUGGCCGUCGUCAACCCCAUGGAAGUCGUCAAGAUCCGUCUCCAAGCCCAACACCACAGUCUGGCCGAUCCCCUCGAUGCCCCCAAGUACCGCAGCGCCCCGCACGCCCUCUUCACCAUCAUCCGCGAAGAAGGCUUCAGCGUCCUGUACCGCGGCGUCUCCCUCACAGCCCUGCGCCAGGGAACCAACCAAGCCGCCAACUUCACCGCAUACACCGAGCUCAAGGCCGCUCUGCAACGCGCUCAGCCUGAGUUCGCCGACGCCCAGCUCCCCUCCUACCAGACCACCCUCAUCGGUCUGAUUUCCGGUGCCGUCGGCCCCUUCUCCAACGCUCCCAUCGAUACGAUCAAGACCCGGUUGCAAAAAACUCGGGCUGAGCCUGGCCAGUCUGCUGUCACGCGUAUCAUGGUGAUUGCCAAGGAUAUGUUCAAGACUGAGGGUGCCCGUGCUUUCUAUAAGGGUAUUACCCCUCGUGUGAUGCGUGUGGCUCCCGGUCAGGCUGUCACUUUCACUGUGUAUGAGUUCCUCAAGGGUAAGUUGGAGAAGUCCAACUGGGCCUUUGUGGGUGGUUCAUUUGAGGAGUAA